UCCCUUCUCAUUAUAAUUCGGCAACAAGUGAUGACAACUGAAACCAGCCUCUACACAAAGCCGCUUCUAGACGGCCAUUUCAAUCUAUUUAUCUCUCUCUCUCUUCGGCCGCUUCUCUCAAUAUUUAGCCUCUAUUUCUGAUCUCUUCUAUUUGGAUGACCUAGUCACUCUCUUUCUCCUUUUCAUCUCUUUUGCUUUUCGGUGAUAUCGUUUAUUAAGUUUCAUGGCCAAAACCUCGCAGAAGAACAUUGCGAGUACUAGCAGUAAUACUUCUUCUAUUACUGCUGUUACGAAGGUUAAGCGGACGCGCAAAAGCGUGCCGAGAGACUCGCCGCCGCAGCGUAGCUCCAUCUACAGAGGCGUCACGAGGCAUCGAUGGACAGGGCGAUAUGAAGCUCAUCUGUGGGAUAAGAAUUGCUGGAAUGAAUCGCAGAACAAGAAAGGAAGACAAGUAUAUUUAGGGGCUUAUGAUGAUGAAGAAGCAGCUGCACGUGCGUAUGAUUUGGCAGCAUUGAAGUACUGGGGUCGAGAAACCAUCACAAAUUUUCCGUUGUCAACUUAUGAAAAAGAACUCAGAGAAAUGGAGAAUCAGUCAAAAGAAGAAUAUAUUGGAUCUUUGAGGAGGAAAAGUAGUGGAUUUUCUCGGGGCGUUUCAAAAUAUAGAGGGGUAGCAAGGCACCAUCAUAAUGGAAGGUGGGAAGCGAGAAUUGGGCGAGUGUUCGGCAACAAAUAUUUAUACCUUGGAACUUACGCUACCCAAGAAGAAGCAGCCACAGCCUAUGACAUGGCAGCAAUAGAGUAUCGUGGCCUUAAUGCUGUGACAAAUUUUGAUCUUAGUCGAUACAUUAAGCGGCUGCGUCCCAACAAUCAACAUAACUCUAACCCUAAUCCAAGCCCUAAUUCUAGCAACCUUGAAGAAAGGCCUAUCGCUGAUAUCAAUCAAAUUCCAAGCCUAAAUCAUGAGCUUGGAUUAGGGAUUAUUGAAACGAAACCUCAGAGUUCAAGUGCUAGUGAGACAUCGAUUAAUCCUCCAUUGAAGUCGAGCAACACUGGAGGAUCAGCCUCAUCGGCGCUAGGGCUUUUACUACAAUCCUCAAAGUUUAAGGAAAUGUUGGAGAAGACUUCAGCUGCUGAUUGUUUAUCAACAUCAGAGGUAGGUCCAUCACGCCGGAGUUUUCCUGACGACAUUCAAACAUAUUUUGACUCUGGUAACUACACUGAUAGUGAUGACAUUAUUUUUGGAGACUUAAACUCAUUCAUGGCACCGAUUUUCCAUUGCGAACUCGAUAAUUAAUGACGUAUACGUAGCAAGCUUGGUAAAGUAGUAAUUUUUUGCUGACAAAUUAAAAUAAGCCUAUCUUUACAAUUUACUCUGAUCGUUAGACUUAUAUGUGAAUAUUUUGAAGAUAUAUGAAUGGUGAAAGGAGCAGAGUCAGAAGACAAAGGAUGAACAAGUAAGAAGGCAUUUACUUUUUUUUUUUUUUCCUGAAAAGAAAUUUCUUUUCUUCUCACUAUAGAAUUUGGGAAGAAGAAAGUUUGCUGAUUUUUAUUGGUUCAUUUUACAUGUAGAUACUGAUGAGUAUAAACAUUAUUUAUUUAUCAAGUAUCCCUUAAUAAUAUUAACUUGUCAGGGCCUCAAUUUAUAUUUAA